AUGAUGACAACCAACUCUUCCAUGGAGAACAGCAAGAACAACAACAUACACCCUUCCUCCGGGGACUCUUUCUCCUUUCCGAGCACGCCGACGCCGGAUUCGGACUUCGAGUUCGGGUCCCUCACGCCGGACUCCCCCUCCGCCGAGCCCUUCGCCGCCUCCCCGGCGGACCACCUCUUCCUCAAUGGCCGUCUCCAGCCCCACUUUUUUCCCCUCCCCACCAGUCGCACCAGCAGUACCAGAGACUCCCUUCUCUCCUCACGAAGCAACAGCACGAACAGCAGCUGCAGCAGCGCCAGAACCAGCUCCAGCGACAGCUCCGAGAGAAAAUCCUUCCACAACAAGCUCAAGGGUUGUGCAAUCAGGUCAAAAACUCCAUCACAUUAUCAAGCAUAUGGGUGCUCACAAAGGUGGCAGUAUAUAACUCCCGUGCCAGCUUUGAACCGUGAAGGCUCCUUGAGAAGAAGAAGGGACACGAACCAAGAGAAGGACAAUGGGAGCAUGAAGAAGACCAAGAAGAAGAAGAAGAAAAACAAGAAGAAGACUAAGAAGGAGACAGGGAAUAAAGGGGUGAGGUUGAGGUUUGGGAGGAGGAUUCUACGGUGGUUUGUGAUGGUUUGUAGAGAAUGCCAUGCCAUGGAACCGUCCAAGAGUCGUAGGAAAGACAUACAUGUCGUGACAUAA